UGGGGGAGGUGCGCUCCGAGUCGGCUAGCCGGCCGAGGUCUUAUUGCUGCGCUCGGAAGCCCCCGCGCCCGGAAGCCCCCACGCUCGGUCCCGAGAUGUCUGCCAGCAAGCGGGUGGCGAAGGAGCUGGAGAGUCUCCAGGCAAAGCUUCCCCGGUACCUACGGAACCUGUUCAGCCAUGAUGCCGAUGUCCUGGUGUGGCACGCCCUCCUGCUACCUGAGAAGCCACCCUACAACCUCAAGGCUUUCCACCUGCGCAUCAACUUCCCUGAGGACUAUCCGUUCAAGCCUCCUACAGUGACAUUCACCACCAGGAUCUACCACCCCAACGUGGGCCACAAUGGAGAGGUUUGCCUGCCCAUCACCAGCAAGGAGAACUGGAGUCCUUACACCAAGACCUGCCAAGGAGCUUCACACACCACCUUCAUCCAGUCCCCCAGCAGCCCCAUACGGAGUGCUCGCAUUGCCCGUUGCAUAGAUGAGCACAGUGAGGCCUGUGUCUUGGAGGCCCUCAACGUGCUGGUGAACAGACCAGACCUGGGGCAGCCGGUCCGGUUGGAGCUCGCAGACCUACUGAAGCAAGAUCCGGAGCUGUUCCACAGGGAGGCCAGGGAGUUCACCCUCAAGUAUGGAGUCGACCGGCCCUCCUAACUGGUUCUGACCCCUGUCUUUGCCGGAUCCUCUCUGUGUGACGGGCGGACAUUUCGUGGAAGCUGUGGGGGGCCGGGGGGGGGUGCGGCUGGAGCCUCCUCUCAUUUGUUCCAUGUUUUCCUUCUUAAGUAGCUAGUCAUUAGCCUGUGUGUGUGUGGGGGGGGGGGGGCAUGGACCCAUUCCCACGUUCACCUGGCCACAGUGUGCUUUUCCUGCUCUUUCUCUGCCCCAGAGGCAGACGAGUUCACGUUUGUGCAAUUACAGGCCAGCUCUCCAGGGCUCCGUGGUCUCACAGACACAGGUCGCCUUCAGGCCAGCUGGCAGGAAAUGAGCCCAGGAGCCGCCUCGCAUCCCCCUAGGGCCCAGGCAGAGGGGCAGAGGGGACGUGAGGAGUAUGGAGGGGGGGCCGGGCACUUGGAGAGAAUCGUAUUUACACUUGAGUGAUUUGUUUAUUGAGUAUUUGAAGUCAGCCAGACUGCUAAUAGGUACUUCAUGUCUAGAUUUAUGCGCGAAACCUUUCCUUUUCCCCUGAUGAAUCAUGAAGUGAAGAAUCUAAUCUCUAUCCAGAAA